AUGGAAAAAAAUGAAGAGAAUAGCUAUGAUGUUGCAGUGAUUGGAGCUGGGUGCAUGGGAUCUGCUUGUGCACGCCAUUUAGCCGAAUGUUACAAGGGAAUGAAAGUUUGCCUUAUUGGCCCUGAUGAGCCCACUUUACCUCGUAGUCAAAGCGGUCGCAGCGUUUUCGCUGCUUAUUAUGACCAAGGAAGAAUUACACGACGUUUAGAUACUGAUCCUGUUUGGUCAAGAAUAGCAGAUCGCUCCAUUUCACGUUAUCCAUAUCUGCAAGAAUCAACCGGUAUUCAAUAUUAUAGUGAAGUUGGAUCGAUCAUCAUUGGACCCAAACAGGAUAUCAUUUGGGGAAAAAUCGAAAAGUGUGCUAAAGACUUGCAAAUUAAUUACAAUCGAUUAAAUAAUAAGGACUUAAAGUCUAGAUUCCCUUAUCUUCAUCUCGCCGAUGAUUAUAUCGGAUUUUAUGAAGCCAAUUCUGCAGGUUAUAUUUCUCCUCGAGGUCAAGUCAAGGCAGAAAUAAAAGCUGCUAUGGAUAAUGGAUGCCAAUUAAUCAGAGAUAUUGUUUAUCAAGUUCAACGAAGUCAAGAUGGAAAAUUUAUUAUUACAACGGAAUCCAAUCGGGUUAUAAGCAGCCAAAAGAUUGUAGUCGCAACAGGUGCUUUUACAUUAUUUAAAGACAUCAUACCAACCGAUAUUCGUAAAAAGUUGGCUAUUACAUGUGGUACUCAAACUGUAGUAAAAUUACAAGUAAGCGAAGAAGAGUUAAAAGAUUAUACUGGUAUGCCAUGUAUUCUACACCGCAACUCUAGUCAACAGAAUGGAGAUUGGUACUUGUUGCCACCAAUUCUUUAUCCUAAUGGCAAAUAUUACAUUAAAAUUGGUCAUAGCAAAGAUUUUAUUCGCGAAAUAAACACUUAUGAGCAUGUAUUAGAAUGGUUUCAUGGCACUGGUGAUAUUGAAGCAAAAAACACUUUAGUCGACAUCAUAAAUCACUUUCUGCCCCACUUUAAGCCAGUUUCUAUAGAAUCAGAUUGUUGUGCUUAUACUCUUACCCCUCAUAAUCAUGUUAUGAUUGGUAACAUCGCAGAAGGUAUGGUGUUACUAACUGGUGGUAAUGGUCAUGCAGCUAAAUCAGCAGAUGAACUUGGCAGAAUUGGUGCUUUAACAAUCAUGAAUGAAUCGUGGAAUUAUGAUAUUUCCAGUGAAGAGUUUAAAUUAUGCUUGAACUCAUCAUGA